ACACCGUCACUAUAUUGUUCGCCAACUUUCCUCAUACACCAUCAUCCCACCCAUUUCCAAUAUUCUCUGUUGUUCCCCUUUUGUCUAUUGAUUGUUAAUUUACCGGCCACACUUUCAGGCCAGGAGAGACAAAAACUAAUGGCACCCGGUCUUUUCGCGUGCUUUCGUAAACACUCUGCAACAUCAGACAUCAACAAAACAGAACAAACUUCGACAGAGGAGCUUACGGCGGAGGAGUUGAAGCGCGGGGGACCGGUGGUGGUGGAGUUAUUCUCGUCGCAGGGAUGCGCGACAUCGCCUGAGGCGGAGCUUUUGUUUUCGAGAUUAGGGAGGGGGGAUUUUAAUUUAGAGGUGCCGGUGGUGUUGUUGGCGUAUCAUGUGGAUUAUUGGGAUUUUAAUGGGUGGAAAGAUUUGUUUGGGUCGAGCCAGUGGACGGUUAGGCAGAAGAUGUAUGUGGAGUCGUUGAAUCUUGACACUAUGUUUACGCCUCAGGUGGUGGUUCAGGGGAGAUCGCAUUGUAUUGGAAAUGAUGAGGAUGCGAUGUUGGGUUGUAUCGCUGGCGCACCUAGAUACCCUCCGCCUGCGUUCCACGCAACAUUCCAGAGGCCUACACCAGAAUCUUUGCAAGUCACUCUAAAAGGAACACUAAGGGCCAAACUUGACGACCAAGGAGCUGAUGUCAUGGUGGCACUAUAUGAGAGCGGGCUCGUAACCGACUGCAAGAAUGGCGACAACAAAGGGCGAGUCAUAGCCAACGAUUUUGUGGUGAGAAAGCUUUCAAAGAUCUGGUCCCUCAAGAACCACCCUCCUAAGAAGACAUUAACCGGAACUAUAGAUUUUGGCUUAUGGGACGGUUUCAACAGCGUGAAAUGUGGGAUCGUUGUGUUCGUGCAGCAACAUGGUACACAUCAUAUAUUUGGUUCGCAGCGGAUUCAACUACCUGUAGAUCUUUAAGUCGAAUUUUCCUUCACGAGUUAAUUUGUUUGAUUUGGUCAUUGGUCACGCGUGUUUAAAUGUUUACGAAUUUUAUUGUGUAGUAGAUUUGGUAGACAAAUACAAUUUCUUAGAGUUUGAAAUUUGAUUUUUGAUGAUA